CUUGCAAAGAUGGCUGCGGCGGUGCGGUUGGUGCUGAGCGAGGAGACGGUCCGGGAGCGCAGCGGCUUCGGUGCCCACGGCGACCUGGCUGAGCUUCGGUCUUUAUCUAUUCCUGGCACAUACCAGGAAAAGAUUACUCACCUGGGGAAUUCUCUGAUGCACCUGACAGGCCUCAGAUCCUUAGAUCUCUCACGCAACUCUUUGGUUAGUCUCGAGGGCAUUCAAUACCUGUCUUCCUUGGAGAGUCUCAACCUGUACUACAACAGCAUCUCCACGUUGUCGGAAGUGUUCCGGCUGCACUCCUUAGCCAAGCUCCAGGAUGUGGACUUGCGGCUGAACCCCGUUGUGAAGAACGAUUCUGAGUACCGCCUGUUUGUGGUGUACUUGCUCCCCAAUCUCCGACAGCUGGAUGAUCGUCCCGUGAGAGAAAGUGAGCGCAAGGCUUCCCAGCUUCAUUUCGCUUCCGGAGACUCCCUGGACUCAAGCGAGAGCUUCCCAGCCACCCUGACCACGGGAAGACAGCUCAGCUCCAGAGCCAGGAGUGCCGACGCCUUAGCCAGCAAGCGCUUGGCCAUGGACGCCGACGAUGAGGCCGUCCUGAACCUGAUCGCCGAGUGCGAGUGGGAUUUACGCAACCCGCCCGGGAGCCCGGGCUCCGGCCGGAAGGAACUGGACGCUGACCUCCAUCACGCCCAAGCGUGCAGACACGUGUUGAGUCCUCUGUCCAUCCAGUACCAGUGUGGGGACGCGGUGAGAAGGGGCCAUGAGAAGAGGGCAGGCAGCUCCCAGGGGUGCUUCCCAGGAGAGCCAGCCCUGGACCAGCACCGUGCAGAGCUCUUCCUGCAGCCCAGAGUGUCCGAGGCCUGCCCUGAGCACGCGCAGUACGCUCGCUUCACUCCACACCCAGACUCCAUGGAGACCGAGGACUCCACCUCAUUCUCUCCGAAGUCAAGUUUGUCAUCACAGAACACGAUCCGCCCUUUGCCUGUUCCUGAAAUGUUCCGGAAGCGCCGGAUACCCGGCGGAAGGUUCCAGGUGCCCUUGGACCCGGGGUGCCCGAGCUGCCUGCAGAGGCCCGAUGGCCCCUCCAGCCUCAAGCAGAGUUUGAGCGGACGGGAUGGCCUGGACAGCUCUACGCACGUGGCCUUCUCCUGCCCGGAGCUUUCGGAGGUUGGAGAGCAGACGUCCUACGGCCCAAGUGACAUCAGAGAGCCGUCCCCCCAGGUGGGCCCAGCAGCUGCUCCCGGGCCGAGGGCUUCGCUGGAGACGGCGCUCCCAGAGGCGCUGCUCGACCUGGUGGACAGGUGGUGGAGCGGCAGCGGGUCCCUGCACAGCAACGAGGCAUUCCUCGCUCAGGCCAGGAACGUUCUCUCGUCUGUUCAAGAGCCCACAGCAGCUCAGAGCAGCCCAGCGCCCGAGAAAGAAGGAGCCGGCUCCCUGGCCCUUGAAAACAAGUGUCUGCAGCGCCGCCUGGCGGAGCAACAGCAGCAGCACACGGCGACAGUGAGCGCUGUGACGGCGGAACUCCAGGACGCGCGGAAGGAGCUGGACACCUUGAGACAACGUUUAGACAAGUCUUUGGAGGAGAACAAUGACUUAAAAUCUCUUCUGUUCAGCAUGAAAAAAGAAGCAAAAACUGUCGACCCGUCAACUGUGUUAACUUUGCAGAUCACUGGGCUGCAGGCGAGCAUGCAGCAGCUCUCGGGGGAGGUGGUGGAGCUGAAGCAGCUCCUGGAGCACUACGACAAGAUCCAGGAGCUCACACGCAUGCUGCAGGACAGCCACAGCUCCCUGGUCAGCACCAACGAGCACCUUCUGCAGGAGCUGAGCCGCACGCGGGCCCAGCACAGGGUCGAGAUGGAGCAGAUGCGCCGCAGCUUCCAGGAGUUCAAGAAGACGGCUUCCCUGUUCCCGCCGCACGGGGCCCGGCUCGGUGGCCGCCAGUCCUGCUGAUGCCUGCCCCGAGCCACCGCCCACCUGUCACCGCCCCAGGGCAGCUCUGGCGCGUUUCUCUCUCUCAGUGUGCUGGUAAGACUUGCAGCCGCCUCGGAGUUCUUCACAUCGGACCGUGUAUUCACUAAAAUGUAUGACGAGAUUUUAGUAUGGAUCCAUUUAUGCGUGCAGGAAGCAAUCCUUCCACUGGUUUCUCUGUUCAUCUUGUUGGGGUUCCACUGAGUUUUUCAGACCAAUGAGUGCAUAUUUUUCAUCAGAUUUGUUAAAUUUUCACCACAAUUUCUUGUGUUUUUGUUAAAAAGUUUAAUAUUUCUUAACUUUUAAA